UCCCUGCAAUAAUUAGCCAUUAAUGAUUACCUGACUCAAUUGACCCAUUUUGCAGAGGAUCAUCAGGCUAUCGGGGCGGUGGAAAUAGCAAAAUAUUAUCUUUUUUCUGUUGCUGGAGAAAUUUCUCUUGUUCAAAAUAAAGCAAACUCAGUACUGCUGGUUUUUCCCUUCUUGAUAAGAAAAAAGAAGAAGAAAGAGAAUGGCCGAGGAUGUUGUUUUUAUGGCUGUUGAAAGAAUUGCUAGUUUGGUCAUACAAGAGGCAGUUUUUCUGCGUGGUGUGCGGGAUGAAAUCCAACGGUUGCAAGCGGAACUGGGGCUGAUGAAGGCCUUCUUGAAAGAUGCAGACCGUCGUCAACAUCAAGAUAAUCGCGUUCGCGAGUGGGUAGCUGGAAUCAGAGACAUCGCUUAUGAAGCUGAGGAUGUCAUCGAUACCUUUCUUCUUGAAGUUGCAAGCGACACAGGAGAAGGCGUACGUGGGUUCGUUAAGAGGGUUUUCUUCAAGGUCACUAAGGUUUCCCUUUUCCAUAAAACAGGAACUAAGAUCACAUCUAUCCGAGAAAAGAUUAGAAGUAUAUACGAAAAUAUGCAGAAUUUCGGUAUCAAUAAACUUGCUGAGGGGGAAAGUUCUUAUUAUGGGACUGAACAACAACAACUAUCCAGAAGAACGUACCCACAUGCUGAGGAAGAGCAUACCAUUAAUUUGGAUGAUGUAAUAAGUCAACUUAAAGCUAAGUUGAUGACGGAGGAAAAGCAAGUGCGUGUUGUUUCCAUAGUGGGCAUGGGAGGGCUCGGCAAAACAACUCUUGCCAACAACGUGUACAAUCACAUUGAAGUAAGGCAACAGUUUGAUUGUUUUUCAUGGACCUUCAUAUCUAAACAAUUCUCCGCAAGGGAAGUUUUGGUUGGAAUCUUGAUGGAUGUAAUGUCUAGCGAGGAUGAAUCGAAGUUGGAAACAAUGGAAAAGGAAAAGCCCGUAAAAUCGAAGUUGAAGGAGAUGAAAGAGAAAAUGGAGUUGUUUGAGACAAUGACAGAGAAUGAUUUGAUUAAAAUUCUUCGUAAUGUCUUAGAAGACAAGAGAUACCUUGUGGUCCUGGAUGAUAUUUGGACAAAUGAGGCAUGGCAUCGUUUGAGACCUGCUUUCCCAAAUGGUGUUUCAGGGAGCAAAGUUUUAUUCACCACCCGCAAUAGCGGAGUUGCUUACUAUGCUGAUCGAUGGAGUUCCCCAGUGGAGCUACGACCUUUGACAAAUGAUGAGGGCUGGCAACUUCUCAGUAGGAAAGCAUUUCCAAAAAAUGUUCUCGAUGAGGGUGGCUGCCCAGGAGCAUAUGAAGAGCUGGGAAGGGAGAUGGUGAGAAAAUGUGAAGGAUUGCCAUUAGCAAUUAUGGUGCUUGGCGGCUUAUUGGCAGGGAAGACAUUGAGGGAGUGGGAGAAAGUGCAAAGAAAUAUUAAUGCACUAUUCAUCCGACAGGAACAAGAUCAUCAGUUUGAAGGGGUAUAUGAGAUAUUGGCUUUGAGCUAUGAUGAUUUGCCUUUUUAUUUAAAACCAUGCUUUCUCUAUCUUUCCCAAUUCCCAGAAAACACAGAGUUUCACAAGAGAACAUUAAUUCGAAUGUGGAUUGCUGAGGGGUUUGUAUCGCAACAAUCCAAAGGAAAAGAUGAGACAAUAGAAGAUGUAGCUGAACAAUAUUGUAACGAGCUUGUGAAUAGGUGCAUGGUCCAAGUAAGCCAGAGGGAUCACACUGGAAAAGGUGUCAAAACUUGCCACCUUCAUGAUGUUGUGCGACAAAUGUGUAUAUCAAAGGCAAUGGAUGAGAACUACCUUGUUGUUUUGGAGCACCGAGAAGACAGCACAGCAGACAGUUCGUCCUCCUCCUCCUCUACUCCACACUUACCAACAAGUAAGUCGCGUAGAAUUGCCAUUCAUCCUCAAAUAUCUAGGCAUGAGCAAAAUGAGAUGGAGUUUUACACACCUAGAUCGAAAAUUGGUCUUCAAAAUCUUCGUUCUCUUAUCUUUUUUGUUGGAGACGCGAACUAUCGUAUGCCAAAGGAGCAGGCAGCUUUUAUUUUUAAGAAUUUUAGACUACUUAGAGUCUUAAAACUCGAUGGUGUACGGCAGCAGCAUCGGUUACCUGAAGAAAUCCAUAAUUUGAUUCACUUGACAUAUCUUGGACUGAGAAAUACCGGAUUGAAGGAUGGGAAAAAGGACUUUUCUUUACCAGCAUCCAUAGGUAACCUGAGGAACUUAUACACUCUUGAUCUGCGAAAUAAUGGUUAUUUCACAAGGUUGCCUGAUGUAUUAUGGAAAUUAACACGGUUGAGACAUCUACUAGUAGAUGAUGAUAGAGAUUACGAGCAUCUUCGGUUGCAUAAACUCAGGCAGUUGGAAACUUUGAAGUCUGUUUAUGCUAAGAAUCUAAUUAGAGAAGGUGCAAUGCAGAAAUUGGAUAAUCUUCGAAAUAUAGGAAUAUAUUUCCAGAAAACAGAGGAAGUAGGGGCUAUUCUGAAUUCUUCCAUUAUAUCGGAUCGUCUUCGUUCCUUGAAGAUGAGGAUUAUUGGGAGCUUUUCGAAUUUGGAACCACUUUCUCGUUGCCGUCAAUUGACCAAGGCAGAGUUAGGCGGAGCCAUACAAGAAUAUCAACCUCCUCUCCGUCACAACCUGGGCAACUUACCACCAAAUCUUGUCAAGUUAAUUUUGUGGGGUUCUGAAUUGAAGCAAGAUCCAAUGUGCAUUCUAGAGAAGCUUCAACAUUUGAGGUUUUUGUCCUUAGAGAAUAAUGUAUAUGAAGGGUCUAAAAUGGUCUGCUCUGCCACUGGGUUUCCUCAACUUGAGACUCUUACACUUAAAUCAUUUGGUCUAGAACAAUGGGAAAUAGAAAAAGGUGCAAUGCCAUGUCUCAAGAGUUUAUCUUUAAGUUUAGGAAAACUGAAGAUGAUUCCAGAAGGGUUGAGGUUUCUCACUAGUGUCCGAGAAUUGAAACUCAUUCAUAUGGUGAGAUGUGAAGAAAGGGUUCGUGUCGUAAAUGGAGUCGAAGGAGAGGAUUUUGACAAGGUCCGGCACAUACCAUUCAUCUCAUUCAAUUAGUCAUGCAAAUUCUUGACAGAAUUUCAGUGUUAUGUGAGUGUUUUGUUGUAAUAGGACUGAUGUAUCCCACUUCUACUGUAUGCUCUUCUUUUUUUUUUUUUCAUCCUGCUUUUCCUUCUGGUGUGAUUUCAUUGGCACUUUCCCUUUAUUUUAAAAUCUGUCUUGGGUAUUUGUUGCUUA